UCACAUGUUACCUCCAGGUUGCUAUAAUGGCUGCUGUCGAUCUCAUCCUUGCAUGAACGGAGGAACAUGCGAAGAGCUCUGCACCACCCCAAAAAAGAAGUUCGCCUGCAAAUGCUCCUCAGUGUGGUACCAUGGGAAGGUUUGCGAGAAAAAAUAUCCUUCGUCAUGYUUGGAAAUUUUGAAAAAUUCCCCAAAAGGAGUAAUCCCGGCAGAUGGUAAUUACACCAUCAUGUUAAAAAACAACUUGAUUCUGAAAACGAUAUACUGUUCAUUUGUUKCACCAAAUAGGGCUUGGGCUCUAAURGAAUCGUUCUCUUUGGCUAACAACGACAUCUUUAAAAGACGAGCAUUUUAUGAGGAUAACUUCCAUAGAAAUAAYCAAKACCCAAAYUGGGAGAAAUAUCGCUUGCMMAAUCAAAACAUCAGAAACUUCCACGCGAUGUCGACCAUGUUUCGUAUCACGUGUGAUUUCCCAAAGAGAGGUGGCAAUUUAACCCCUGACUACGCAUUUGGAUACCUUAGAGACUAUGAUAUCAUCAUGCAUGGCGACACCAGAGAUAAGUGCUUCACAUUUACCUAUAUCAACAUACGAGGACAUGAUUUUUACAACGUCUCUGUUMRCCCCAUACAAAUGUCCGACCGUUAUCAUUUCCAUCUUGAUUGUGGAAGGGAUUCAUGUAAUUUUGAUGUCCCUGGCCACAUAUCAGGCGAAGAUUGCUUUGGAUACUACAAUACUCAAAACAAAGUAUCUAAAUGCAACGAAAGCCCUAAAUCAACCACUCAGUUUUGGCUAGGACAGGAGUUGUAAUAUUGUUUUAAAAUAUCUUGAGCUACGUAUAUGCAUGGGUUAGUGGUUUUUGAAAUAUUUGUUCGUUAAUUGUGCUUUUAUCAAGAAAGAAUGGUUCUUGUCGUAAAUGUACCGUCUCGGUGGCUACGCCUCUGACUAUAUAUUUAUAAUUUCAUG